UGUGUGUGUGUGUGUGUGUGUGUGUGUGUGUGUGUGUGUGUGUGCAACCUGAACAUCCUCUCCUUUCAACACAGCCCCAAACUCCAACUUUCUCUGGACAGGCGCUGUUGGGCCACUUUUACGCAGAUGGAGAGCGAAUUAGUCGGAGCAGAGAUUCCCGAGGAGUUCUAUUCAAGGUGAUGACAUUAGUGGCGGCAUGUGCUAAUAAGAAAUUCGCCGGCACGUUUUAGGACUCAUCAGAUUUCUGUGCGUGCACUCAGCGGAGCAAGUCUUUCCACUCUGCCAGUGCUGCAAUCUGCUCAGAUUCCUAUCUGCGCUGACCGGUUCCGUGGGACAGGAUGUUGCAUUCAUAUCUCAGCUGAUGCCAAAUGCCAAAUGAUGCCUUUUCCUCUGGUUCUCUCCAGGAAAGCACACCGGUGGACUGCAAACUUUUGUGCCAUGGAAUCCACCACACUUGGUGCCAACGGGGGCUGCAACGCUUUUGGGACCUCAUGUAGUUUUCACAGUCUUAGAAUUUCCAAAGAACACUGCAGUUGGGGAUGUAAAUGAGAAUUAUUUGACUGAGGAGUCUGAAAAUUUGCCACGCACACGUUGCUUUUCUGUCAUUUUUUUUUUCUUUAGCUGGCUCUUAUGGGAAUUAAGCACUCGUCCCGCUGCAUGCUCCUCAGGAGAAAAAUGGCGGAGUCUGAGAGCAUUGAGCAACCGCAGUUGCAACCGCAGCCGAUCCGCAUAAUUCCGUCCCAGUCGGCACAGCCAACCUCGCUGCCCAAGCCUGUGCCUUCUAUCCAGCAUGCUCCUCGGCCUCCGCUACCACCACAUACGCCACACGCUGCCAGCCUCCCGAGCUGCCCGGGGCGGGGCAAGAUGUCCAAGUUUCUUAAUCCGGAGGAGAUGACCUCACGAGACUACUACUUUGACUCUUAUGCCCACUUUGGUAUCCAUGAGGAAAUGCUGAAGGACGAAGUGAGGACACUCACCUACAGGAACUCCAUGUACCACAACAAGCAUGUCUUCAAGGACAAAAUCGUGCUGGAUGUUGGAAGUGGGACUGGGAUCCUUUCCAUGUUUGCGGCCAAAGCAGGGGCAAAGCAUGUUUAUGGGAUUGAAUGUUCCAGUAUAUCAGAGUACUCAGAGAGGAUCAUCAAGUCCAACCACCUUGACAGCGUCAUCACCAUUUUCAGAGGCAAGGUGGAGGAAGUGGAGCUUCCUGUGGAAAAGGUUGACAUCAUCAUAUCUGAGUGGAUGGGUUACUGUCUCUUCUAUGAGUCCAUGCUCAAUACGGUCAUCUUCGCCAGGGACAAGUGGCUGCAGAAACCCGGUGGAUUAAUGUUUCCCGACCGAGCCUCCCUGUAUGUGGUGGCCAUAGAGGACAGGCAGUACAAAGACUUCAAAAUACACUGGUGGGAGAACGUGUACGGGUUUGACAUGACCUGUAUCCGUAACGUGGCCAUGAAGGAACCCCUGGUGGAUGUAGUGGACCCCAAACAGGUGGUGACCAACUCCUGCCUGGUCAAGGAGGUGGAUAUCUAUACAGUAAAGCCUGAGGACCUCUCAUUCACCUCAGCUUUCUGCCUGCAAAUCCAGAGGAACGACUACAUCCAUGCGCUGGUCACUUACUUCAACAUUGAGUUUACUAAGUGUCACAAGAAGACUGGCUUUUCCACAGCUCCAGAUGCUCCGUACACCCACUGGAAACAGACAGUGUUUUACCUUGAGGACUAUCUGACAGUGCGAAGAGGAGAAGAAAUCGUUGGCAGCAUCGCCAUGAAGCCUAAUGAGAAAAAUAUUCGAGACUUGGACUUUACCUUUGAGCUGGAUUUCAAAGGGCAGCUGUGUGAAGCAGCCAUAUCCCACGACUACAAGAUGCGUUAAGUUUGAUUGUGGGAACGUUAGUGCCCCACUGAGUGCAACCACCGAGCACCAGAGGGAGACAGAGACACUCCCAGACCACAGACGGAUACGCCAUGAGAUGUGAGAGGAUCAAAGAGAAAAGACCAGGCCAAAGAGCAGGCAGAGGCGGCCCCAUCGACAACAUCAGUGUUGUCAGUAAAGUGUAUGAUGAAAGCAGAACGUUACUGAGGCUGACUGUUAAACAAAUCUGAAUGUAACACUGACAAAAGAGGUCAGGAAUAUUUUCUAGUCUUGAUGAAUGUUACUGAAUAUCGUCGUACGUAUAUGUGAGAUGGAGUGACGUACCUGUGUGUUUUGUUCAGUAUUUGUUUUCCACAAUAACUUGGACCUUGUGGAGGGAUAGAUGGCAAUUUUAGAACACGCAGAGCUCACCUAAUGGAUUAUUGUAUUCUUUUAUAGGUAGACAAAAAACAUUUUAAGUGUAAUUCUUAUGUCCUAUUAUGUACUGUAGCGAAUAAUUAUCAGUGAAAUGAUUUAAUUUAUAGUUUAAUCAGUUUAGAAAUUUUGGAAAACUAACAGCAAUUGAACUCCACGGUUAAGGACAAACAAAUGUGUGUCAUGUGAAAGGUAAUGUGCUUGCGUAGUCGGUGUUCUAGUGGUUUUCUGUAAGUGUGCAAUAGAAGGCGUCGAAGCUGCUAAACAAGCUUGGACUCCAGAUGUGCUGUGUGUUGUCAGUUUGAGCUGUGAUGUUGACAUGCCAAUAACAUGCUCUCCCCAUCCUAAAUGCCUUGACCAAGUGCCGAAGUGUUCCUAGUUCUUUUCCGCACUGCUGCAUUUAGCUUCUCGCUAUUGUUUCAUACAUAACCGCUCUCCUUUUAAUCUUUUUAAAUUAGAUCUUACCUAAUAUGGUUUCAAGCCAUGACACUUUUAAGUCUAUAACUGGACAUUAUCCAUAUCAACCAAACUUCACAUCUACUUCUCUCCUAGCAACUAAUCUGAGACAGAUAAAGUACUUCUAAAAGGAGUCAAUAAAAUAACGAUGACCUGCAGUAGCCCUGUAUCAGUAUCUUAGCUUGAAGCAAAUUGAUGGAUAUUUAGAAACUUGCAGCAUGUAUACGGGUUCCUUGAGGACUAUCAUAAAUUAUGAUGUUGGACUUUACUGACUCCAGCUCCCACUGCAGUGUACUGAAGCUCAUGAAAAGCAUCUUUCCAUUUCACACGUGCUCUUACUAAGGUCACUGCCAAGGUACCCACUGCAGGGUUUUCUUUAGUCAAUACAUAGACCUAGAUUAUCUCAAGAGGGUUUACACAUACUGAAAACUAGCAUUAGUGGUUCUGUUUGCCUCAAAUAUACAUAGUUUAAAACAAUAGUAAAUAUGUGAUGAGACGUUACCUUUCCCAGAUUGUGUUCUAUGAUAUUGUCCAGAGACAGCCGAUAUCCAGCCUGUAUUCCUAAGUCUUCUACACGAUGCUCUAAUGACCAAACUGUAACCAAAUGUACAUUAUGUGCACUUGGACGCAAAAGAGAUAAAUCAUCAUAAAGCAUGCAACUAAUGCAAGUAACAAUCAACAAACAGCGUAGUAUCAACAGCAAUCAGCACACAGUUUGGUUACUCCUUUGGUUCUGUGGAUUUUACCCUGGGUGUUACAAAUAAGCAAUACAAUGCUAGGCGUUAUCAAUACUUACACUCAAUUAUACAUGAUAGGUCUUCUUAUAUACUUUAAAUAUCAGCUGCAUUGAAAGAGCACCUUUGGAAUCUGAAGGAUAAAGUUUUCUCUGCUCAAAAUAAACAAACUUAGAUUGCCAUAUUCUAUAAGUCAUAAAAAUUCUAAUAAACUGGCAUGUUAAUUGCACAUGUAUUAAUUCUUUUUUGUUAUUUUAAAUAUAUUCAAUAUGUUGUUUCACAUAUUGUCAUGUCAAUUCAAAAACUGAAUAAACUGCAAUGGUCAAACUGA